AUGUCAAACAGAGCGCCCCUGCGAGCGCAGGAGUGUCGCCCCCUUGGAAACCCCUCAGAGCUCCCGGUGCUAGCGAAGAAGGGAGACGUCGUCCUGGGGGGUCUCUUCUCUCUACACGAUACGGUGCUGGAGAACGCGCUGUCAUUUACCUCACCGCCAGCUCCUGCUCAGUGCUCUGGGUUUAACUUCAGGACAUUUAGAUGGAUGCAGACUAUGAUAUUUGCAAUAGAGGAGAUCAACAAAAAUCCAAAUCUUCUGCCAAACAUCACACUAGGAUACCAGAUCUAUGACUCUUGCAGCACACCUGUCCAAGCCCUUCGCACAGCCUUAGCUGUGAUGGGGGGCCAGUCUGGGGAAAACAGUGGGGGCACACAGUGCAGAGGAACAGUGCCUGUGGUUAUUGGGGAUGGUGGGUCCACACUCUCACUGGUAGUGGCAAGAUUCCUUGGGGUUUUUCAUGUUCCGCAGGUAAGCUAUUUCUCUAGCUGCGCCUGUCUGAGUAACAAAGUUGAGUUCCCUGCCUUCCUGAGAACCAUGCCUAGUGACUUUUUCCAAGUGGAUGCCCUGGCUCAGCUGGUGAAGCACUUUGGCUGGACGUGGGUUGGAGUAGUGGCAGGCGACGACGCUUAUGGGCGAGGGGGCGCGCAGAUCUUUGCGGAGGAGGUGAAGAAGCUCGGGGCCUGUGUGGCCCUUCAUGAAAUUAUCCCUAAGAACCACGACAACACCCAGAUGGCCCGCAUCGUGGAGCGAAUCCAAAAGUCGGGGACUCGGGUGGUGCUGCUGUUUGCCGUUGAGCAAGAUGCUGGAGCGCUCCUCAGGGAGGCCCUCAGGCAGAACCUGACGGGCAUCCAGUGGUUGGCUAGUGAGGCCUGGAUCACCGCUGCUGUGCUCUCCAGCCCACAGUUUCACUCCAUCCUGAAGGGCUCCAUGGGCUUUGCGAUUCGCAGGGCUGAUAUCGCUGGACUUAAGCCCUUCCUGCUUCGCUUGAACCCCUCAUUUGACUCCCAGGACCCAUUUAUCCAAAUGUUCUGGGAAAAUCUCUUCAGUUGUUCACUACAUCAUGGAGAUGAUGUAGACUCAACAGAUAAACCACCAUGCUCUGGCUCUGAAGAGCUGGUCAGUACAAAGAACAUUUAUGCCGAUGUAACUCAGCUCAGAAUCUCUUAUAAUGUAUAUAAAGCAGUGUACACCAUGACUUAUGCCCUGGAAGCUAUGGCUACAUGUGAGCCAGGCAAAGGGCUUCUCCAUGAAGGGGCAUGUCCUAACAUGUCCACAAUACAGCCGUGGCAGCUCCUGGAGUACCUGAAGCAGGUGGAGUUCACAAAUGACUUUGGUGAGGAAAUGAAAUUUGAUGAGAACGGUGACCCAGUGGCCAUGUAUGAUCUGAUCAACUGGCAGCUGACCGCAGAUGGUGAGGUGGCGUAUGUCACAGUUGGGAAAUUUGAUGAGACCACACGCGACAAACUGGAGAUUGACGAAGAAGCCAUCCUAUGGAGGGGGAACACUAAAGACAUCCCUCUCUCAGUCUGCAGUGAAAGCUGUCCCCCAGGCACCAGGAAAGCCAACAAGCCUAAUUUCCCUGUUUGCUGUUUUGACUGUAUAUUGUGUGCAGCUGGGGAGAUUAGCAAUCAGACAGAUGCCAUAGAAUGUGAACAGUGUCUGCCUGAGUUCUGGUCCAACGCGAAGAGAGACACCUGUGUUCCCAAGCAGGUGGAGUUCCUAUCUUACAGCGACACCAUGGGCAUUACCCUGGCGGUAGUGGCCCUCGUGGGCUUCUGCUGCACUCUCACAGUCAUCCUGAUUUUUGCCUGCAACAGAAACACUCCCAUUGUCAAGGCCAACAACUCUGAGCUCAGCUUCCUCAUCCUCGUCUCUCUGGGCCUGUGUUUCCUGUGUGCCCUGCCCUUUAUCGGAGAGCCCACCCCCUGGACCUGCAUGCUGCGGCACACAGCGUUUGGCAUCACCUUCUCCCUCUGCAUCUCAUGCAUACUGAGCAAGACUGUAGUGGUCCUCAUGGCCUUCAGAGCGACGCUUCCCGGCAGCAUGGUGAUGAAGUGGUUCGGCCCUUUCCAGCAGAGGGCCAUGAUAUCCGCAGGAGUCGCGGUGCAGGUGGUCAUCUGUGGGGUGUGGCUGGCGGUGGCACCGCCAACGCCACGUAGGCUGUUGAGCCGGGAGAGCAGGCGUAUCAUCCUGCUCUGUGAUGAGGGCUCUGCACUGGCCUUCUCGCUGAUGCUAAGCUACAUAGGACUGCUGGCCAGCCUCAGCCUCUUGCUGGCCUUCCUGGCCAGGAAGCUCCCUGGCAGUUUCAACGAGGCAAAGCUCAUCACCUUCAGCAUGGUGAUAUUCUUCGCCGUCUGGGCAGCUUUUGUGCCGGCCUAUGUCACCUCUCCGGGGAAGUACACCACUGCCACAGAAGUAUUCGCUAUUCUGGCCUCCAGCUACGGCCUCAUGAUUUGCCUGUUUUUCCCCAAGUGCUACAUCAUUUUACUGAAGCCAGAGAAGAACACUAGAAAACAUAUGAUGUCUAAAACUACAUAG